CGGUGUGGAUAUCCAGGUCUACCCCACGACACACAUAUUGAUCCCAAAAAGACUGAUUACCAGGACGGGGAUGAAGUCACGUAUAGCUGUGCUUACGAUAAGCUCUACUCCAAGACACAGACCAUGAGGUGUAUGUCCGGUGUAUGGGUGGGCACGAGAUCCACGUGCGGACACUAUAUUAAGAAUCAGUUAAUUGGUGUCAAAGUUAUUAAUUUGCUAAAUAAUACAACUGUUGUGGACAUGAAUACCAGUGCCUAUUCUAACAGUGCAUACCCGGUGUCAUAUUAUGAUGGAAAGGGAACGGCUGUUCAGGUGCCCAAACCUCAUUCACUCGUAUUUGACUUUUUCCUAUUGAAUAUCAAAAUACCUAAACAACUGACGGGACAGGAGGCACUUCCUACAGAUAUAGAUCCCAUAGAGUUUAUGGAUGUGCGAAUUGAGGGACGGGAUAACAGGAACUGUAGCUUAGAUUUUAUUGCUCGGGACGGAUUGACUAAAAUAUUUUGGAUCUGGUGUAGAGAACGGGAUGUUUCUGAGAGUACUGAUGAAGAUAUGCCUAAAAGUCUUAUAAUUAAAUUCAUAACCGACUCGAGUGUUGAGAUGAAGUCACCGAUGGGUUUGCAUCAGGUCUACCUGACAAGACUGAGCUACUGUGGCGAACCUCCCGUUCCCCUGUUAGCCAAAUAUAAUGAUGAGACACAACGCGUUGAAUGCGAUGACGACGUGUCGUACGACUUCAAUGAAUCCGAAGAUCCGGAUGAGUCUGACCAGACAUUAGGUGACUGUGCGAUCGACCCUAAUUGGGCCGGUAGUCCGAAAUGUGUGCCCAAAAUGUUCUGCAAAAUAGAGUUCAAUGAAUUGUCCGAAGCGUUGGUUUCCGUAAACGAUUCGUACGCUUAUGAGCCCAACAUAUGGUAUGCCAUCGACGGUACGACCGUUGAGUUUGAAUGUAAGCCCGGCUACGAAUUUGAGGUCCAUUCAGUGCGUACGUGUCUACACAACUCGAGUUGGGACGUCGAGGCAACCAUAUGUCGAGAAAUUGAUUUUACUUUAGGGACUAAGGAGUGCCACAAUCGCCCAUUUAUGCGCUACCGAUGCUUACGAUUGUCGGGAAAGUUCGAAAGCAAUAUUGAAAGU